AUGAGUUCCAAUAACAACAACAACAACAAUAACCAUCAAGGAAGUGUUGGAGGUCUCAUCUCUCCAGCCUCUCCCAAUAACAACAACAGUGCCAAACGCAUCAGUUUUCUCGAGGCCAAUCCCUCCACACCUCCCCGUAAAACCUCUCCCAUUAAGAACUCUCCUCUCAAUAACAUCUUGGCUUCGAGAACGAGAGCCAAAUCGAAUCCGACUCCUGGAGGAGCACUCUCUCCUCAAUCUCCCAAAUCACCUUCAGGUUCAUCCCUUCCAUCAGUACCAUCCACUUCUCCUUCUUCCUCCGUUGUUGGAAUGAAUGGAGCUUCAACCAACAUCACACCCACUCGAAGAAUGAGUCUCUCGGGUCCAAACACAACCUCAUCACUCUCGCCACUCCCUUCUUCUUCAACUGCUACUCAUAAAAAGGAAGGACGUAAGGAACGACUCUCCAUCAUCUUUAGACUCUUUGAUAAGGAUGAAGACGAUCGUUUGAAUCCCGAAGAGAUGAAAGACUUUUUAUGUUCAGUCUUUUAUGGACCUGAAAUGAAGGACAUUUUGUUAGAGUUACAAACCAACUAUAAGGAUGGAGUUACUUUUGAGGAAUUUGUACAAUUGUGUCGAGAUGAGAGUGCUGCGAAAAGUAUGGCUGCUGCUUCUUCUUCUUCGGUACGUGCCAAGAGUCCUUCGGGUGGAAGAAGAGGACGAAGUGCCUCCUUGCAUGUGAAUGCCUUUUCGAAUCAGAAUAAACCAUCACUCUCUCCAACGUCCUUAUUGAAUGAAGUGGAUGAAGAGGAUGGUUUCAGUGAGGAAGAUUUGAAGAUUGUAUUUAGUGAGAUUUUGGAUUCCAAUGAUGAUGGAGUAGUAUCCUUGAGUGAAUUCAAAAAAGUAAUUACUAAUUUAGGUAUUCAAAAUACCUUUUCCGACGAUGAACUGGCCACGCUUUUUGAUGGAAGUAAGACAUUGAGUUUUGAACAAUUUAGAAAGCUUGUGACCAUGUAA